AUGAGCCUGAGCGAAACUGACACUGUUUUGAGCGAAACUGACACCGUUUCGUGCGCCUCGACCACGCCCACGAGCGUGGGCUCUGACCACGGCUCUGACCAUAAGGAUGCAGCUCAUGGGCUGACUCCCGGCGCUGUGGCUGAUUGGGCUCUCACGGUCGAGCCCACCAUCGAGCCCACCUUCGCUUGGGAUUCUGAAGAGGUCACCAACGUGCUAACCGGAUACGACCAGUUCUGCGCCCUGCGAACGAUGAUCCAGUCCGUCGAAAACGGUAUUUUUACGCUCAAAGAUGCUCAAGAUAAGAUUGGACAGACGAUGACGCAGUUGGGCAUUGACGAAACGAUGCCAGAUGUCUUGGCCCUUCGCCAAGGAUCAGCUGGCCGAGCGUUCACACAAGCACUGGCAAAGCACAUCGCGGCCGGCGCCAGCGUCUUCGACCUGCUCGGCUCAUGCAGAACUGACGGCUGCAUGACUCGGUCACAGAUCGACGGGAUCCGCUCGAGUAUGGUCCAGUCCGAGCGAGAGCUGAGGCGAGCGUGGACAGCAUACGAAAACGAUAUCGAGAAAGCAAGAGCUGCAUUAAAGGUGUUGUACCAUUCGAUUAAGACAAAGCGCAAGGAAGAAUCUGCUGCCCCAAAGUCGUCACAGAGUUCUACCACGCUCUCGACGGCCGCCACAUCUGUAGCAAAUUCUACGACCCAAGGCUAG